UUUCUUUAGUCAGAGUGGUUGGUAUAAUUAAACUAAUUAUUUCCUAGAAUCUUAGAGCAGUGUGUGGGUUACUCAAGCUUAUUUAAACAGCCUCAGAUUCAGAAACAUUACAUAAAUUUCAACAAUGGGAACUAUAAGGACCACGAUUUUCGUUAUUAUGGGCAUCUGUCUCAUAAUCAAUGUAUUUGGCGAUAAAGUCGACCACCCGCAGUCUUCCAUGGUGCAAAAACCGAUCGACAGCGUUCACAACUCUGAUCAGACCCGGGAGAUAGGUGCAACGUGCCGGUACAGUAACGACUGUAAAAGUGGUUGUUGUCUCUACAGUCGUAAGACCGAAAAGAGAACUUGUCAGAAGAUGGCGCUUAAAGGAGAAAGUUGUACCAGCGGUCAGAUCAAACUGAACUCCUACGUAGACUUUUGCCCGUGUGAAAAAGGAAACAAAUUCUGUGAAUACCCAGACAACAUAUGUAAGGAAUAAAGCAGAUGUUUCACCCGAAACAACCCACCAAUAAUGUGAAGUGUUACUUGCGUAUAUGUCUAAAAAUAACAUUAGUAACGUAGUACGAAAUAGGAUUGAAAUGAAAUGUCAUUAUUGUGUCAUUACGCGUGUUUUACUAAUCACCAAUUUCUAGAAUAUUCGCCAUGUUUUCAUUUUUGAAAUAUUCACAUCUAAUUAAAAUAUGAUUAGAGCGCAGUGAUAUUUUUAUUAAUUUUGUGAACAGCAAUUGAAAUAAUAAAGAACCUUGAACCUUA